AUGGCGUUCUUUUUCAAUCGUGGCCGCACGCGGCAACCAUCAGAAGUCGCCCGGACUACCAAAGAAUUAAUUCUCAAACUUCUGGACAAGCAGCCCAAGGUCCCUACCCCGAUGACCGCUCGCAUACAAUCGCUGACGAAACCCCAGGCCGAGGAAGAGCUAGUCAAGCAGCUCGGCCACAUGAAAGUGAUCGUCCAAGGAACGCAAGAAGUCAAUACAUCCCCGGAGCAGGUGCACGCCCUUGUGCAAGCAACACUCCAAGAAGAUCUUCUUCUUGAAUUAGUUCAAUUAAUCCACAAACUUCCGUUUGAGGCUCGAAAAGAUACACAAAGCAUUUUCUCCCAUUUCCUUCGGUUCCGACCUAACAAUUAUGCGCCCGACAAAGACCCGCCGGUUAUCUCAUAUAUUGUUCACCAUCGACCUGAGAUAUUAAUCGAACUAUGUCGAGGAUACAAUCAAAGCCAGAGCGCCAUGCCCUGUGGUGUAAUCUUGCGAGAAGCACUCAAGUUUGAUGUGGUGGCUGCCGUGGUCUUAUAUGACCAGUCCCACCCAGGGGAGCCUGCUGUACGACUCUCUGAUCUGAAGCCGAAUUUACCUCAAACGGGCGAAGGAGUAUUCUGGAAUUUCUUCGAUUGGAUUGAUAAGAGCAACUUUGAAGUCAGCGCAGAUGCGUUUACCACGUUCCGGGAGGUUUUGACCCGACAUAAAAACUUGGUAACGGCAUACCUAGCCACCAAUUUCGAUUUGUUCUUUGGUCGAUUCAACAGUACCCUCAUUCAGUCCGACUCAUAUGUGACCAAGCGACAAAGCAUUAAGCUUCUUGGCGAGAUCUUGUUGGACCGUGCGAACUACAACGUGAUGAUGGCUUAUGUGGAGAGUGGGGAGAAUCUGAAGCUAUGUAUGAAGCUUCUACGGGACGAUCGCAAGAUGGUCCAGUAUGAGGGGUUCCACGUUUUCAAAGUUUUUGUAGCCAACCCAAAUAAGUCGGUGGCUGUUCAACGCAUUCUGAUCAAUAACCGUGAUCGGUUAUUACGCUUUCUCCCUAAAUUCCUGGAGGAUCGAACUGAUGACGACCAAUUCACAGACGAAAAGAGCUUCUUGGUCCGACAAAUUGAACUCUUACCCAAGGAGCCAGUAGAACAGAGCAAGUCGACUCGCAAUGUACACCCUGGAGUCAACACGGCUACAGUGGCAUGA